AUGGGCAAACCUCAACGCGUUGCCGCAGAGUACAUCCUCUCACACUUUCCCGGCAUUGAAGAGCACCUCUCUGUGGACCAAUUCAUCGAUGAGGGUCUUCAAAGGCGAGAGGAGCUGUUCAAGAAAGUCGAGCCGAUGAGGGGUGCCACAGAGCUGGUGCAAGGAUUGCAUGCUGCUGGUGUCCCCAUAGCUCUCGCUACAGGAUCGACAAUGCAAAACUUCAUCCACAAGACUACGCACCUGCCCCACAUCUUCUCCCUCUUCCCUCCCUCCAGUACCCUCACGGCCGACUCGGCGCAUGUCAAGCGUGGUAAACCCAACCCCGAUAUCUUCCUUGCUGCCGCUGAAUCCCUUGGACGUGACGUUGGACCUGCCGAGGGAGAAGUAAGUGAGAAGCAGAAGGAGGAGAGGAGGAAGGGUAUCGUCUUCGAGGAUGGGACACCGGGUGUAUUGGCGGGUGUUGCUGCUGGGAUGAACGUCAUCUGGGUGCCGGAUCCCGAGCUACUCGCUCUCAACCCCGAAGAAAAGUUCGGCGCCUCCGAGGUGCUCUUGCAUCUUGAAGAGUGGGACCCUAUCAAGUGGGGACUGCCUCCAUUGCCCGGCUUUAACGGGAAUCCCGCUCAAUAG